GCCACCUUCUCGCUCGAAUUAUUCUCUGUAGCUCUUCUUGAUCUCUUUCUUCUCUCAAUGGACGAUGCCAAGGAGAACGCCGCCAUCGAAAGGUCGGCCACCGGCGAAAGCCCUAACCCUAGCGCCCCAUCAGCGCCGGGAUCCGCAUCGGACGCUGAGAACCCUAAACCUAAUCCUUCUUCAAGAACGCCGUUUACGAGCCUAGGCCAGUUAGACGCCGACCUUGCCCUUGCCCGCGCCCUCCAAGAGCAGGAGAGGGCGUACAUGAUGCUGAGGAUGGAGGGCAGAGACGGUGGCGGAAGUGGGAGCUCUGAAUCUGGAAGCUAUGUGUACGAGGAUGAAUUUGAAGGUGAUGAGGAUUAUGGUGGUGCCGAUGAGGAUAAUGGAAGCACUGAAGGAAGCGAUUAUGGGGAGGAUGCCUUUGAUGUUAACGAGGAAGAGCUUAACCCUGCAGAUUUUGAGAGUGACGAGGCAUUUGCAAGGGCGCUGCAGGAUGCAGAGGAGAGAGAAGUGGCUGUUAGGUUGAUGGGAGUGACUGGAUUAAAUGACUGGGUAGGGGGAUCACUAUAUGCCGCCAAAUCUAUUAAUUACGGGACUAUAGUAGCAAUUAUAGUAGCAAUUAUGAACAGAAUCCAAUCAGGUGUUAUUUAUAACAACAUAAUAGAUUUAAAGGUGUCAAUUGGAAAUAUGAAGAUUUGGGGGUUUAAUAUACAAUUAAGAAAGAAUUUAGGGUCUAAUAUGACAAAGGUCUUAAAUCUUACUAUGUCAAUUAUGCGGGCUAUAAAUUUGAUUAAUAAUGCAAACACAUGUAUGAUAAGACGCAUUGGUGUUGAUAAGAUAACAUAUGGGAACAUCUUAGUAUCGUAUGAAUCCCGUAAUCUUACUUUUGAAGCAUGGCAAGAUGUGGAUCCAGAUGAGCUUUCGUAUGAGGAGCUGAUUGCCUUGGGUGAGGUAGUUGGAACAGAGAGGAGAGGUCUUUCUGUAGACACAAUUGCCUCCUUACCUUCAGUUACUUACAAAGCACAAAGUUCACAAGAUGCCAACACAGACCAAUGUGUUAUUUGCCGGUUAGAUUAUGAAGAAGGGGAUUCUUUAGUUGAGCUUUCAUGCAAACAUUUAUAUCACCCUGAGUGCAUAAACCAAUGGCUCCAAAUAAACAAGGUAUGCCCUAUUUGCAGCUGUGAGGUCUCUACUUCUUCGGGACAAUAGUCAAGGUUAAUGAACCAACCAACCGGCAUCUUGAAGCCAUUUGUUACCCUUGCGGAAUAAGCAGCCAGAGCUUGUAGAAGUCAUUCCAUGAAAUCUGCUGCAUUUGUUGACAGUGGAAUCUCACGUGAAAAGGAUACAAACAAGAUGCCUAAUCCAUACGCAGAAAUUUCAUGUAGCCAUUGUUAUACCAUUAUAUUGUUGUGCCUAUUGUUCAAUACUUGUAUAUCAUUGUUAGAAGCUAAGGUGUUUAUGAAUCUGCUGAACUCAGUAUGGUCUGCUGUGCAAUAAGUUUGAUAAAAUGUUCCACUGGUUAAGACCAUCAAUUAAUAUACGAGUGCUGUUGUGUA